UUUAUUUUUUAACAGUUAUUUUAAAAUUAAUUGAAAUGGUUUUCCAUGGAGUUUUAUCAAUUGCAAAAAAAAAAAGAACCCAACCCAUAUGUAAGGUGGAAGAUGUUCUGUUGUUUCUCAUAGCUCUGGGGGACUUGUUUGUAUCACAGAUGACUUUUCUUUUGGAGUAAGGGUAGUUUCUAGGCAAUGCUUUCUCAUGUGUUAUUGUAGAAACCAGUAUCUUCAGCCUGUGUAGUUCUGAACUGUAAAUUUCUUACACUUAUUUUUCUAACUGGAAAUAUUUAGUACCUUUAUUCUUGUUUUGUCUACAGAAUUAGCUUCAAUAGCUUUACUAGUUUUACUUGAGAGAGCAUAUAAUACUUGUCUCUCUCCUUAGUUGGAUAUGUAGGUAAUUUUACCAUAGUAAGUUUUUUUUUUAAUUGUUGCUCAUCUGAUGAGUUUCUUGUCUGACAUGCUAAGAAACUCUUCUGCCAUCCGUGGAGACACUUUUUUUUUAAUGCUCUCUACAUAACAUUUAGAAAAUAGGACACUAAAAUGGAUUUGAAUUCUGGUGUUUCCAUUUUUUUUUGAAGAACAGUAUGCAUGUGCGACUUGAAUUUGUAUUCCUGUGUCCUUUGACACAAGUAUGACUUUAGCCUUGCUUCACUUAUGACUGGUUUUUUGUCUUGUGGUUUGUGGGUCAUUGUCCCCCUCUUCCCCGACACCCCGUCUAUUGUAGGCUUAGGCAGAUAGCAAUAGUAACAGCUUGAAGUUCUCUAAAAAUAUGCUUUUGAUGUUACUGUAAUCUUACCUAGCACAGCUAUGGUUUUACAUUUUUCUGACUUCCUAGAGUACUAGAGCAGAAACAUUUGUGUGUAUAUUUUUUUUUUUUCAAACUACCAGUAUAAUAUUUCCUGUCAAUAUUCAAGUGUUACAGUAUCAUAAAUUCAUUAGGAAUCUGUCAAUUACUCUUCAUGAUUGUCUUUAUAGUGAACUUAGUUUCAGAAUUUUUCUUGAUCCUCUUAUUUUUUUUGUACACAGUGUAUUUCUUUGGAACAUGGAGUAUUCCAGGUCCCAGGAUUUACCAAUUUGUUGGAAACUGAUUAAUAAACUGUAACUGAUUGAUUUAGAAAUUCCGUUUGAAGCUAGGAAUGAGGCUGGAGUAAGAAAUGGUUUGAAGGCUUUUGGAAGGGUUAUCAGAAGGUACCCCUCUGCAAAGUGGCUGUUGGAAGCAAGUCCAUUCCCAGAACUCCAAUUUUGUUGGAUAAGUUGGAUAUCUGACAUUAUUGUGGUGGUCUCUCCUGAAAAUAUUGAAACAAUGAAGACUAUCAUUGAAAAGUAUGGCCACAAAAGAGUUACAGUAGUAGAAGGUGGAAUAACUCGUCACCGGUCAAUUUUCAAUGGACUGAAAGUAUUUGCAGAGAAGGAAUUUUCCAGCCAUCUGCUCCAGAAACCAGAAGUAGUGAUUAUCCAUGAUGCUGUGAGGCCAUUUUUAGAAGAAGAUAUUCUUUCAAAAGUGGUUAUGGCUGCUAAAGAACACGGGGCAGCAGGAGCAAUUCGUCCUCUAGUUUCUACUGUUGUUGCCUCUGCUGCAGAUGGCUGUUUAGACCACUCAUUGGAACGUGCCAGGUACAGAGCGAGUGAAAUGCCUCAAGCUUUCUUGUUUGAUGUAAUCUAUGAAGCAUAUCAACAGUGUACAGACUAUGACCUGGAUUAUGGAACUGAAUGUUUGCAUCUGGCUCUGAAAUACUGUAAAACAAAUGCCAAACUUGUUGAAGGAACAGCUGACCUCUGGAAGGUGACCUACAAGCGGGAUCUGUAUGCAGCUGAAUCGAUUAUUAAGGACAACCUUUCACAAGAAGUUUGUGUUAUUACCGAUGCAAAUGAAACUGUUGCACAAGUUGGUUUUCUCCUUCCUGAAUCUCUGAAAAGACGAAUAAAAGUUGAAACUGUAUCAAUAUCUAAAAGCAGAAAUUAUAGCCAUCUACAAAGCAUCUUUUCAGGACAGUGCUACAAUUUUGUUUGUGUAAAUGAUAAAAAGUGUGCCAUUCAAGAAACCCAGCAACUAGUGCAUAUGUUGGAAGAAUCAGAUAUUCCUCUCUUAUAUCCAGUUGUCCUUAUUUCGGUGUACUUGGAUAUAUCAGGAAAUAAUUCUUUCAGCAUUGGGAUGGAAGAACUAGCUAGCAUCAAGAAAUUUGCAAGGGAAACUAAAAAGAAAAACAUUUUGGUUUAUGGUGUCCUUAUCCAAUAUAAGGACCCUUCACUUCUUCAGGAGACAGUAAAUUCUGCUGCUACUCUUAUCAUGGCAUUAAUAAAGGACAGAAACCCGGAGCUGAUUGGCCAGCUGUUGGUAGCAUAAGACCAUAAAUCAUGUGUAGCUUUUGGAAACCUUUGUUUUUCAUCAUCUAUUCACCAAAGGUCUUAAGUCAUCUUACUCUUUGAUUAAAACUGUGGAUUUAUGCCAUUUAUAUUAAAGUCCUUUAACAGCAUAUUUUUGAUACUUAAAAUGCAAGUCUGAUAUUAUGUAUAAAGUGUAAUAGGAAAUACAAAUAAUUCUGAGAUACACUGGGUACAUACUGUGAGGAAUGAUACUGAAAUGUUUUUUAAGGUACUGAUCAUUUAAAAAGGUGCACACAGGACACCAAAGCAUUCAUGCAGAAUUGUCUUUAAACAUGUGUGUGUGUUGUACUCUAGGACUGCAUAACUUAAAUUUUAUUUAAGAUAAAUUAAUCCUAAAGCACAGCUUAUCUACUUUAUAGGAAAUUAUUUAAAAAUUGUUACUGUAAUACCUAUCAGUGAAUGCAGAGUUCAUUAUAGAGUGUAGCCUUCCUGACAUCAAAAGAAACACAUAUUGCAAGAAGUGUGGGAAGGGUCAGGUCCCCAUCUUCUGUGAAAUGAAGGUAACCUCAAAUCACAGAAAAGACAUGCAUGGGGACAACAAGGUGCUAAACCCAAGUUUUCCAGAUGCAAUAUGCUCUGGCUGUAGCCUUUUGGUGCUACACUUCUUCCAGUGCCCACGUGCCAUCAUUCAGAACUAGCUCCUGUAGCACCACUGAAUUACUGUAGUGCAAAUACUCUGGUUUUGCACAUCUGUGUAUGUAUAUGCAUGUAUGUGUGUGAGAAAAGGGUUAGGACC